AUGGGAGUGGUCGUGUUAUACGGACAACAGGUGUUUAAGUAUGGACGUGAUGGACGAUUGGAUAGAUAAGAACAUCAGAUUAGUUAGACUUCUUCCGUGGUUUGUAGGUGGUUUUGGUGUCUACCUGAUAGCCAGGAACACCCAUAUGUUUUCUCAUUUUCAAUCAGCUGCUUCUAUUCCUCUUAACCUGGUUCGGACCAAUCACAGAUUAACUGGACGUGUCGUUAACUUUUCCGGCGAUAGUUUGGGGGUGUGGCACAUUCCUCUCGGACACUGGGUCCUUAGGAGAAAGCUCCACCCACCUAGCAAUGAAAAUUUGCUUAGGGUCAGCUUUGCUGGUAUUUCUCAUAAUGAUUUGACAAAGACAGGGAAAUGGAUUGAAGAGAAUCUUUAUAAUGAAAAGAUUAGGUUUAUUUUAUUAGAUGGAAAUGAAGAGCAAGUUGAAUGCAUCGUUUUUAAAGCAAACAAAUUUCCAUUCUUCAAUACUGCUAGUAUAAAUGAGUCGUUACUUACAAAUGGAUUAGCUACUAUUAGGGACGUUCCUUGUUUCCAUGGCAACACUCGACACCACACUUCCUUUGUGUCCAGACUUGUGAAGAGUGAGAAAGCUGCUAAGAAAAGAGGGCGGGGCAUGUGGGAAGGGUCCGAACAUGAGAAGUGGAGAUGGAAAAUUUGGCGUGGUGUAAAGAAAUUUUUUUCAUAUUUUAAAAGAAAAUAAUUUAAUAAAUAAUUAA